CACAUUUUUUGCAUCGUCAGACGUGUGUUUGUUCUUUAAAUGUCAAAACUCAAGAAAAUAUAAAAAAAAAAAAAUCAGUAGAGACACUAUAGAGAGUAUAACAACACAAAAAAAAGAAGAAAUUAGGUAAAAUGGUUGACACGUAUGAAAGUGUGUUGUUGGUGAAACCAGAAGUGUUUAUUUACAAAAUUCCACCAUCUGGUGCCAAUCAACGUCACAGAGCUGGAAAUUGGAAUCUAUCUGAUCCCACAUGGACCGGCCGCAUGCGAUUAGUGGCGAAAGGGAACAAUGUCAGCCUCAAAUUGGAAGACAAAAUGACGGGUGCAUUGUUUGCAAAUUGUCCCGUCGAAACAUAUCCAGGCGUUGCGAUCGAAUCAGUCACGGAUAGUUCAAGAUAUUUUGUCAUUAGGAUUUUAGAUGAUAAUGGUCGCUGUGCAUUCCUUGGAAUGGGUUUUGGCGAUCGGUCGGAUUCAUUUGAUUUAAAUGUUGCACUGCAAGACCAUUUCAAAUGGGUAAAGAACCAGGAAAAAAUCGAAAAAGACAAAUCGGCUCCGAAGCAAGAACUUGAUCUGGGCUUCAAAGAAGGCGAAACCAUAAAAAUCAACAUGAAAAUUACGAAAAAAGAUGGGGAAUCAUCACGAACGGGAAAAUCACGCACAGGCGGAUCGGGAAUUGGUUUACCGCCGCCUCCUGGUGGAGUAGGCAAUAAAAUUGCUCCGCCACCUGGACGAUCACCGUUAGUAUCACCAGCACAUAAACCGUCUGGUGGCACGGAAUGGGGAGAUUUUGCAACCGCUGGCGGACAACCUCAACAACAACAACAGAAUACGACAACAACGAAUUCGAAUUGGGUACAGUUUUAGAGUUAGACAGUUUUUUUGAUGUCGCUAAUUUCGGAACCCAAACAAUAGGCCGAAACAGCGUCCCUUAAUAUAUAUCACCUCCUUCUAUUUUAAUGUCGAAUGAAAAGAAAAAUAUUUGCGCAAUAAAACACCAAACACGAUGUUGCAUUGAUGCAAACUUAAAAAAAAAAAAUAAUUUUCCAUUUUGUUGGUUUGUACAAAUUUUUAGUG